GCAGACUGCAGGUAAAGAUGCACCGGAAAGUAGAAACGGAAGUAAGACUGAUAUCAACAACCUGAGUUACAACGUAGGCAAAACUUGAUUGCAGUUAAAACUAAUAACGUUACACUCUUGAAGUUAACGAUAUUGUAUUCGAUACAAAUGCCGUAUUAUGGGGGAAGCAUUUCCCUGUGUGUCGUGGAAGUGGUUUGUUUUUGUGCUGAAACUCAGUGGAUAUCGUUAGUUUAACCAUUAGGAGCAGCUAACUUAGCUAACUUUUUGUCAGCUGACUUGGGUGAAUUCAUUUUGACAGCCUCAGUAACUUUAAGCAAACAGUAACAGUCUAAUAUGCCAAGAAAGUGCACUAUGAUUAUCAAUGUUGCGGGCGCAGCUGGAUUGUCCGCUAGCUCUCGUUGACACGUCCUAGUAGUUUUAUGUGGCGUUUGCUCGCAAUGCUUCUGCAGCUGCCCCCACUUGUCAACUAACGUUAGCUGGCUCCUCUCCUCCUGUCUGUUGUUGUCCGAUGGCUCACUGCGGUUCCCCCGAGAUGAGCCCAAAGGUACAGGCACCGCGUCCCGAAAGCAUCGAACCGACACAGGGUAGCGUAGACCAAAGCAUAAAGCCGGUACUGUUCGAGAUCUUCGGCGAGAUAUGGACGGUUCAGUCACGGCUCGGCCAGGGAGUCUCAGCCUCGGUGUACCGGGUCAGCUCAGGCAGAGCCACCACCACCGCCGCUGUCAAGGAGUUUCAGGCUGACACUCAUGGAGGAGAUUACGGGUAUCACAAGGAGAGGUCCGUGCUGGAAGAUAUCCAGGGACAUAAAAACAUUGUGACACUGUACGGGGUGUUCACCAACCACAGCUGUAUGGGUGUUGCCACCCGCUGUCUUCUGCUGGAGCUCUUGGAUGUCAGUGUAUCUGAUCUGUUGGUGAGAGGCAGCAGUGGUACCCAGGUUGGUAGACCCCAGCAGGGCCAUUCCAUGUGGCUUGUCCAGCACUGUGCCAAAGACAUCUUGAUGGCUCUUGCCUUCCUUCACAGGGAAGGCUACGUCCACGCUGACCUCAAGCCACGCAACAUUCUCUGGAGUGCUGAUGACGAGGGCUUCAAGCUCAUCGACUUCGGCCUCAGUUUCAAAGAGGGAAAUCAGGAUGUCAAGUACAUCCAGACAGACGGGUAUCGUGCUCCAGAGGCUGAGCUUCAGAACAGCCUUGCUCAGGCUGGGUUGGAGGGGGACUCAGGCUGCACAACCGCUGUGGACAUGUGGAGCCUGGGCAUCAUCCUGUUGGAGAUGUUCUCAGGAAUCAAGCUCAAAGACACCGUCCGCUCGCAGGAGUGGAAGGAUAACAGUACUGCCAUUGUAGACCAUAUUUUUGCCAGCAACAGUGUGGGGUGCCCUGCUAUCCCUGUCUAUCACCUCAGAGACCUUAUCAAAAGCAUGCUUCUCAAUGACCCAAAGCAAAGAUGCACUGCUGAAACUGCCCUGCUGAGCCCAUUCUUCAGUAUUCCCUUUGCUCCUCGCAUUGAGGACUUGGUUCUGCUUCCCACGCCUGUCCUGCGUCUGCUUAACCUGAUUGAUGACAGCCAUCUGCACAAUGAAGAAGAGUAUGAAGAGAUCCUGGAGGACAUGAAAGAGGAGUGCCAGAAGUAUGGCUCAGUGGUUUCUCUGCUCAUCCCCAAGGAGAACCCAGGGAAAGGACAGGUUUUUGUAGAGUAUGCCAACUCCAGUGACUCCAAAGAGGCUCAGAGGCUGCUGACGGGCCGCACCUUUGAUGGGAAGUUUGUUGUGGCUACCUUCUACCCUCUCAGCGCCUACAAAAGAGGUUACUUGUACCAGACUGUGCAGUGAAGUCCUACAGCUCAAUUUACACCUCUGCACUGUUUGCAAGAAAAACACAACUCAAUAAGGCUACCACAGGGGAGAAGUAAUGUUCUCCCUUUGAAAAUAACUACAGCCAACCCAAAGCUAUGAGUGGUUGCCCUGCAGUUUGAGUUCAAAUGAUUCCGUUAUUAAUGAGUGUAGUUAAAAGUUUUUUUUACAGUAAAUCUGUGUUCCAUGCAGAGUGUAAAUUGAACUCAGCUAUGAGAAGUGUACAGCAACACUUUAUUUCUGCUGUCUCCAGUCUGCACUACUCGUAUCAGUGCACAUCCAUCUAGUUCUUAUAGGUUACCUGCACCAAUCUCAUUUAUUGACUCUGAGCCAGAGGUCUGUGGUCUGGAUACAGCAGUUCCUGUUCUUGCUUCCGUUUCACUCUCAUUCAUUCAUAGAAAUUACCACAAUAAAAGAAUGUGUAAUUAAGACAAGUACAAUCUUCUCUGAUGUGGGUGGACAGAACAAAGCCUUUGUCAGAAGAGGAAGUUUUUUCAAACAUUGAUUAGAAACAUGUAGCAGGAAACACUGAUCUCCUAGUAGUAUGAAUGCGAAUGUCUGUCAACCUGUUGAAAAAUAAUAAUACUUAUUAAUAAUAAUACUUAUCAUAUUAUUAUUUGUUAUGUUCAACAUUUAAUGAGAGAAAAUGGUUUUGUAGAUGGGAUAUAGAGGUAUCCAACCUCUGCUGGUUCCUUAGGCAGUUUUCAAGGAGAAAUAGUUUGGAUUGACCCCACAACCAGCUGGUAGUUUUCACUCACUCACUGCCAUUAUAUGAGCUAGCCAAGGGCCCCUAGUGCCCUGUCCUGUAGCCUUAUGCUUUGUAGGUUUUUAAUAUCAAAAGUCUACAUAAUCAUAGAAUAUUUUCAUCAUCAGUUGACUAUGCUCCCAUUCAUGAGGACAUACAGUGAGUUCUGUGUUUUGACUGCAAUGUAGCAGUAGUUUAAAGCGUAACGUUUGUGGUUGCUUUCACCAAAGUUGGACAUUUUGAAAUCCUCCACAUAGUGGAUUUAAAGAAUGUGUAAGGAAGUGUUACUUAGGGCUGGGCGAUAUGACGAAAUAUAUUGUGAAAAAGAUAUAAAAAUGUCUAUCAUAUGUAUUUUUCUAUAUUGUUUCUAUCAUAAUGUUGAAAAACCCGCUGCUGAACUGCAUUAUGGCAAUAUUUAAAUAAUUUGGACAGUGCUUUAUGUUCUGACCCUUAACUUUAUGUAUAUAUUUUGCACUAAAAUUCUUAUUAACUUGAAAGUGGGAAAAUACUCAGGACUUUUCAUUUGUCAAGUAAUUCACACAGCAUUAUAAAAACAUAGGCUUUGCCAUAUGGUAUUUUCAUAUAGACUAUUCAUUUAUUAAAAUACCAGAAAACAUGGUAUAUUGUGAUAUAUACCAUUAUCAAAUAUUGAGAUAUAAAAUUACCUAUAUUGGGAUAGAAGAUUUUGACCAUAUCGCCCAGCCCUAGUUUUACUAAUAGAGCCUAGGAAGAAGCAUGAUUAUGUUGGAUAGCAGUGACAAAGAGACAGUAAGCUUGGUAUUUUUGUAGUGGAAUGUACUUGUUGAAAUGGA